AUGGGUAAUAUUGGGAAUCAACGACAGGAGGAUCUUGCGGCUAAUAAAUUUGUUGCCACUACAAGUGGGAGGAACAAUCCUAAACAGAUUCAUAUUGCGCAUAGAAAAUCGCCAUCUGAGUUGACGAAUCUUAUGAUCGAACAGUUUACUUUACAAAGACAGUUGGAAAUUGUUCAAGUGCAGCAGCAGCAACUUUUAGCUCACCAGCAACAACUUGCUCAGCAAGCAGGUCAUUAUCUAGCGCCUGGAAUGGGCGGUGGGGCAGCAGGUUCGCCUGCAGGGGCUGGCUCCAUGUCGUUCCUUCCUCAACCGCCGCAGCCGCAGUAUAAUACCAAUCCAGGCGCGAAUGGGAACAAGAAUAGAUCGCAUUCUCGUAAUAACUCUGGGUACUACAAUAACAACGAUUUCCCGAACCCUGCCUCACAUAGGAGAACUGGCUCUCAAUCCAGUGUUUAUGGGCAUGCUAGGAGGCAUUCUUUAGGUUUAAAUGAAGCGAAGAAGGCUGCAGCUGAAGAGCAGGCCAAGAGAGCAGGUAAUGGAUCGAGUAAUGUUUCUAUUAAGAUCGAUGUUGCUGCCGACAUAUCCACGUCCGAUUCUAGUACAGCUACCGCAGUUCCCACCUCGUCUGAAAAUAUAUCCACCUUCAAGUUCCCGUCCACCCCUCUAGAAAAUCCCAAGGGCCAUUCUCGUGCCACCUCAAACAUAUCUCCCAACAAGGCUUUUCAGUUCCCACCUAGACCCUUCAACAAAGAGAAUCAAGACGAAUUUACUGCAGUUCAUAACUCUCAUCGUCGUACAAAUUCGAGGGGACAAGAUCCGCCUGGGAUUAAUUCUAACUGGAGAGCACAACAAGGUUUACAGCAACAGUCCCAAUCAUCCUCUUUUCACAAACAGUCUUAUUCCAACCAGGGGUUUGCUACAUUGGAACCACCCCCUGUUUUUCAACCCGGUCAUAGAUCUCGUGGAUCUAAUGCAUCUACUCAUAGUUUUUCUUCAACUGCAGGAGGUAACAAUUCUAACGGACGCAAGUCGUUGUUUGCUCCCUAUUUACCCCAAGCAAAUAUCCCCCAGUUGGUUGAGGAAGGUAGGCUAGUGGCGGGUGUGCUGCGUGUCAAUAAGAAGAAUAGAUCUGAUGCUUGGGUCUCCACUGAUGGCGUGUUGGACGCUGAUAUUUUUAUAUGUGGAUCCAAGGACCGUAACAGAGCUCUUGAAGGUGAUUUAGUCGCCGUUGAACUACUUAUGGUCGAUGAUGUUUGGGAGUCUAAGAAGGAAAAAGAGGAGAAGAAGAGAAGAAAGGAUGCUUCUAUUCAACAAGAUUUGAUACCUUUAGACUCUAAGGACGAUUACCACAACGAUGCAUCAUCUAGUAUCGUCACUGCAAGCGCCCCUUCUUCUAGUGUUUCUCAAUCUACGAAUACCUCGUCUGACAAGGGUGAAGAUAACGCAAUCGGAAACUUUUCUGGUGCUAUAAAGAGAAGAGGUUCUUUAAAGCAGCGCCCAACUCAAAAGAAGAAUGAUGACGUUGAAGUUGAAGGACAAUCUUUAUUAUUAGUCGAAGAGGAAGAAAUAAAUGAUGAGUACAGACCUUUAUAUGCAGGUCACGUUGUAGCAGUUUUGGAUCGUAUUCCCGGUCAAUUGUUCAGUGGUACUUUAGGUUUGUUAAGGCCUUCCCAACAAGCAAAUAACUCUGACAAGCCUCAUAAACCAAAGAUUGUCUGGUUUAAGCCAACUGACAAGAAGGUUCCAUUGAUCGCUAUACCAAUAGAGCAGGCUCCGAAGGACUUUGUCGAGAACGCCGAAAGGUACACUGACAAGAUGUUUGUUGCCUCUAUCAAACGUUGGCCAAUCACAUCUUUACAUCCUUUUGGUACUUUGGUAUCACAGUUAGGCGAGUUGAAUGACCCAACUGCUGAGAUCGAUGCUAUUUUAAGAGACAACAACUUUUUAUCCGAUGAAUAUUUGGACCCACAAAAUCGUACUAAAGAAAGAGAUACCUUCAAGCCGGUUGAAUUGUCUGCAACUGAAAUUGGAAGCAGACCAUUUUAUGAAGGUGCUGUCGCCAUAUCAGAAAACGGGAACAUUUCGGACUUGGCUUUGCAUGUGAAGAAGCUAUCUGAUGGAAGAAUAGAAUUGGGUUGCCAUGUUAUUGAUGUGACUGCACAUAUUGAAGAAGGUUCUUCGUUGGACAGAAGAGCUAGGAAGAGAUCUUCUGCUGUGUUCAUGCCGCAGAAAACCGUUUACUUGCUACCUCAAGCCAUGAAUGAAUUUUUAACUUUUCAACCUGGUAAAAACUCUCCUACAAUUUCGGUCAUUUAUACUUUGGAUGCAAAUAAUUUUGGGGUCAUAUCAUGUCGGAUAUGCGAAGGUUUAGUUCUACCUCAUAUGGUAUCAACUUACGAUGGAUUGAAUAAAGAACUCUUAAAGGCACCUGAAAAAAGAAGUAGUUUUAUCAAUGUGAUCAACUCCAUUGCCAUCAAGUUCUAUUGUGAAAGAUUAAAUUAUGAGGAUGAUAAUAAUUCAAUCACUUUGUCUUCUAAAUUAGCUUUACUGGAUACUUUAGACGAUGAAAAAGUCAAGGUGGAUCUCAAUAUGUUAAAAAAGACCCCUGCUGCUGCUGUUAUUGGAGAAAUUGAACGUAAAGUUAAUAGUACUGUCGCCGAAAGGACCUACAUCAAACUUGGUGCUUCCGCAUUCUUGAGAAGGCAACCGUCACCGAUUUCAACGAAGCUUCAGCUUUUCAAAAAAAAGGUUCAAAAAUUUGGUUGCAACGUUGAUGUUACUACUCCUGAGUCCCUAUUAGGCUCUAUUCUAUCCAUUAAAGAUUAUAGCACUCGCCUUGGUAUCGAAUUGUUAUUGUUUAAAACUUUGAACCGUGCAAGAUAUUUUGUUGCUGGCAAAGUUGAACCCGAUCAGUAUGGCCAUUUUUCAUUAAACAUGCACUUAUAUACCCACUUCACUGCUCCAUUAAGGCGUUAUGCUGAUCAUGUUGUUCAUAGACAGCUGAAGUCAAUCCUUCACGGCACUGAUUACAAAGAAGAUCUUGAUUCCUUGAAGAUCACGUCAGAAUAUUGCAACUUUAAGAAGGAUUGUGCAAAUCAUGCUCAAGAGCAAGCCAUUCAUUUGUUGUUAUGCAAGUCUAUCAAUGACAUGGGUAAUGCUACGGGCCAGCUGUUAAUUAUGGCUACUGUUUUGCAGGUGUAUGAAUCGUCAUUCGAUGUUUUUAUCCCUGAAUUAGGUAUUGAAAAAAGAGUCCAUGGUGACCAGUUACCAUUAAUAAAAGCUGAAUAUGACAGCAAUAACAGAAUAUUAGAUUUGUAUUGGCAAAAGGGUGUUGAUAGUGCUACCUUUGUUCCAGUGGAUGAGAAGAAUCCAAAAUCGUACAGGAGUUCCAUCAGAAACAAAUUUAGUUCUACUAGCAAAGAAAUUGCGUCCGUGCAGAUCAACAAUAAGGGUGAAGAAACGAGUCUUUACAGGGGUGACCUAAUAGCUGAGUUCUCUAAAUUGAAAAUCGAACCACCUAAUUUAGACAUCCCAUCUGUUGAUCCUAGUGACAGUAAUCCACUGGCCGCUUACUUGAAGGAUGUUACUAUUAGAAGAGAAGGUGAGAACUGUAUACAAGAGAUACGUGAAUUAGAACAGGUUCCUAUUUUAUUAAGGGCUGAAAUUGGCAUGGCAUUGCCUUGUUUGACCGUACGUGCAUUGAACCCCUUUACCAGUAGAGAAUAG